AUUUUCUGUUAUGUCAGGCAGGAAGCACAGUCGUAGAGGGCAUGGCAUGAGUGAACAGCAGCAUGACAACAAGUUAUGACAGUAAUAUUUUGACAAUUUUCCUUCUAAAUUAAAUACGUAGACAUGUUUCGUAGGAGUCGAAACUUGAAAUAUGUUCUCAGUCUUGUGCCGGGCAAACGACGAUUAGGAACAUAUAGAUUCCUACCCAUCUUUUUCUGCAUUGGAGGAAUAAUGGAGUGGAUCAUGAUAAACGUGAGAAUUGGAAAAGAAACGUUUUAUGAUGUCUACAGAAGAAAGCAAUCAGAAAGGGCUUAUCAAGGGAAGAAUGACGAGGGAGUUACAGCAGACCCUGCAUCGGUUGAAAAGCACUGAGGCCAUUGUUGCAUCCAUGACAUGCUUUGCACAGACUCUGGAUUGACUAGAGGACUUGCCUUUGAUAUCGGGUCUCUGUACCAUGACACAUUCAUUUGUUCGUUGCUGUGGAUUAUAUUUAUUUUGAAUGAACUUUAAGUCAUGGUCUCGUGUCCUGUUUUGUACAAAGUUAGCAGCCAAAUGGAUUGAUUUGUGUUAACUGUUCACCUUAUUGUCUGCCAGUGGCUGUCUUCAGUGCAGUUUUAAUAUUUGAGCCUGAAUGAAGGAUGAUGGGGAACUUAACACUGGGAAUCAGCCAUUUUAAAGAAAUUAAAUGGUUGUGUCUGUC